CCACAGUUUUGUUUUCUCGAGAAAUGAAAGCCUACAGAAAAACCAUGACAUAUACAGUCCAUUGUGUCCGCUCAGUUGAGCUAGUGAACAUAGCUGUCUCACACUGUCUACUUCAAACGACACCUCCUCUAAACUCCUCACACCCCCUGCUGACAGAGGUGCCUGACGGCCUGUGGGCCUCAUCUAAGUAUGAUGUAGGCCUAAUUAAAGAUUGUGAGCCUGUGGUAAUCACUCCAAAGUCCUCUUUUAGACCAUGCCAAAGACAAUAUCCUCUGAAACAGGAAGCCAUAGAGGGGAUUACUCCUGUGUUUGAAUCCCUGUUAAAGGCUGGAGUAAUUAUCCCAUGCCCCACCUCUCCGGUUCGCACUCCACUAUUCCCUGUGAAGAAAAUCAGAGGACCAAAUGAGCCUGUUGAGUGGCGGUUUGUGCAGGACUUACAAGCUGUGAACAAGGCUGUGAUCCCCAGAGCCCCCGUGGUUCCGAACCCCCACACCAUUUUGUCCCAAAUACCAUCUGGUGCUAUGUGGUUUACUGUUGCUGACCUGACUAAUGCAUUCUUCUCUGUUCCAGUUCACCCAGAUAGCCAGUUCUGGUUUGCUUUUGAGUUCCAGGGAAAGGCUUACACAUUCACUCGGUUGUGUCAAGGCUACUGUGAGUCCCCCACGAUUUACAAUGCCGCCUUAAGAGACUCCCUGUCAGACUUGAUCCUCUCCCAAGGCACAGUGUUACUUCAAUAUGUCGAUGAUCUGCUACUGUGUGCACCCACACAAGAGCAGUGUCUGGCAGAUUCUCUCACUUUACUGACACAUUUGCAUCACAAGGGCCACAAAGCUAGUAAGUCAAAACUGCAGUUUUGUAAAGAGCAAGUCACAUUCUUAGGGCAUGUGAUUUCUUACAACUCUCACCAGAUUUCCUCCAAGAGGGUGGAAGCUGUGAUGACCAUUGCAAAACCCCACACCAAAAAACAGAUGAUGUCAUUCCUAGGAACCACAUCAUACUGCCGCAAUUUCAUUCCACACUACUCCUCUGUGGAGGCUCCACUUACUGCGCUCAUUCAUGGUGCAAGUCUGUCAGCCAAUGAUCGCAUUUCUUGGACACCAGAGGCUGAAGCUGCCUUCACUUCCUUGAAACAACUGCUGCAAACAGCGCCCGUUUUAGCGCUUCCAGACCCAUCCAAACCAUACACACAAAUGGUGGAUGAAAAGAAUGGUUUCAUGUCUUCUGUUCUUUUACAGCAGCAUGGUGAUUCACUUCGCCCGGUGGGUUAUUACUCUUCCAAGCUUGACCCAGUAGCUGCAGGACUGCCUGGAUGCCUACGAGCAGUAGCUGCGUGUGAGAAGGCCAUACUCGCCUCACGUGACAUUGUAGGGUACUCUCCUCUGACAGUGCAGGUACCCCAUGCAGUUUCUCUCAUUUUGCUGGAGCAGAAAACUUCACACCUUUCUGCUGCUCGCUGGCUCAGGUACUCUUCCAUACUGCUUGACAUGCCCAACAUCACAGUGAAACGAUGCACAACACUCAACCCAGCCACUCUUCUCCCCACGCGAGAAGAUGGUGAACCACACAGCUGCACUGCUGUCUUGGGUGAAACUUGUACACCUCGGAUUGACUUGUUAGAUGUUCCCAUCGAGAACUCUGACAUAGUGUUAUAUGUAGAUGGCUCCUCCUCACGUGAUUCACGUGGAACUAACCGGGUGGGUUUUGCUGUGUGUUCUGAUCAUGCCACUCUCGUUUCAGGCUCAUUGCCCAGACACUUCUCAGCACAGACUGCAGAACUUGUGGCGCUCACAGAAGCCUGUAAACUUGCGGAGAGUCAGUCGGCCACCAUCUACACCGACUCUCGCUACGCGUUCGGUGUCGUGCAUGAUUUUGGGGCCUUGUGGAAGCACAGAAAGUUCCUGAAAUCUGAUGGGAAGCCCAUCCUCAAUGCUAACCAGGUAGCAGCGCUGCUGGAUGCCAUCCUCCUGCCUGCUCGCAUUGCUGUAGUGAAGUGUGCAGCACACACAGGUAAAACUGAUUCUGUCUCCCAAGGAAAUGCGGCCGCCGAUGCAGCAGCCAAAGCAGCAGCCGAAGAAGGCCUACCUUUCCAACUUGUCUUGGCCCCACUGUCCACGCCUAACCUUGCUGAUCUUCCUGCCGUACAGUCAUUUGCCUCCCAGCCAGAGAAAACUCUCUGGCGCAAACAUGGCUGCACACUGGUCGACUCUGUCUGGCGAUCUCCUGACGGCCGCCCAUGUCUCCCUAAACACUUCUUCCCCUGGUUUCUAAAAUGGACACAUGGAUUGGACCAUGCGUCCAAAGGGGGGAUGCUACAAGCAGUAACAUCGCUGUGGUUCACCAAAGGGUUUUCCACAGCAGCUGAGAGGCAUUGCAAAAAGUGUCUCAUUUGUGCGACCAACAAUGUGGGACGCCCAGUACAGGUAAACACUGCAGCACAUCCCCCACCAGACAUGCCUUUUGACCAUCUAAUGAUGGAUUUCAUUGAAUUGACACCAGCCGAGGGGAAGAAGUAUUGUCUAGUAGUAGUGGACAUGUUCUCUAAGUGGGUAGAAGCAUUCCCCACUAAAAGUGCAGACAGCAGUGCAGUAGCAAAAGCCCUCCUGUCAGAAAUCAUUCCCAGGUGGGGUAUCCCGGAAAAAAUCACAAGUGAUAAUGGUACUCACUUUGUGAACCAGGCAUUGAAGGAGAUCAGCAAGCAACUAGGUUUCAAAUUGCAAACACACUGUGCAUAUCAUCCACAAUCUGGAGGUGCUGUGGAGAGAAUGAACGGCUCCUUAAAGUCCAAACUGGUAAAGUGCUGUGAAGAAACUGGCCUCACAUGGCCAAAAGCACUUCCCCUCGUGCUGAUGUAUGUGCGCACACGAACCAGACCUCCAGCACACCUCAGCCCUUAUGAGGUGUUGUAUGGACGACCUGCCAGAGUGGGGGCAGAACCCCCCAAAUGGACUGGCAUGUCCACAGAGUUGUGCAACAGCGAAAUGAUUGUGUAUUGUCAAAAUCUCUCGAGGACUCUCUCGCAGGUGCACCGAGCAGUGAAAGCAGCCUUGCCCAGGCCAGCAGAAGGACCCCUGCACCCGUUCAAACCAGGAAACUGGGUGCUAGUGAAGGAUUUCAGGAGGAGACACUGGAAGGCGAAGCGGUGGCUGGGCCCAUUCCAAGUCCUACUGACCACACAAACGGCGGUGAAAGUUGGAGAACGAGUUACUUGGAUCCACGCCAGCCACUGCAAGCUGUUUGGAGGAGAACCACCCAGAACGGAGGAGCAACUAGAAAAGACAAACGGGGCAGAAUAAUCCCCACACUUCAUUCAGGUAGUAGGCAGUCUACCCUCUACCUGCAACAAUGCGACAAGCCAGAAAGCACCUCAUCACUGGGGUAGCUCUGAUGCUCUUCAGUGGGCUGAUGGUUGCCCUCUGGUGGAGCCUCAGGAGAGAUCAGCG